AGUGUGAUAAAGCCAUUAAGAUAAUAGGUACGCGGGCAGUGAGCUCCCGACGGUCGUGUGGGAAGGGUCUCGCCUCGCUCGCUCGCUUAUAAAAGAACCGCUCGCAUUCGCUACAUGCCCCUAGACACUCUGGUCGUCUCCUCGGUGAACUGACACAAACCGAUUAUACGAACUUGCGAAGGACUGAAACCUCACCUCAAUAAAAUCACGUCUGUUACGGGUGUGUUGUGAUCCAUAAAAUUACACAGUCGAAUCUUAAAUCAUAUAAGCAUUAGUUAAGACCGCCUACUGAUCCCAAUGUUUUAGUGAAGAGGAACCUACCUCUCAGACUCCUCGCCCCAAUGGCCAACGAUGAUUUCGGAGGCCACUGGGAGGGCCGACGGCUGGGCUCGAAAGCCUGACCCAUGCUAGUUUCUAUCGCGAUCCGCGGGUGUACGACCCGCCCGCAGCAUCUACGACUCCCGGAGCGCCCUCGAGCGGGCGGCGUCCUUCGAGCACUCGGAGGCGGGGAAGUUCCUCGCCGACAAACUCUUCUUUGACAAACCCGAGAGACAGGUCGAACGACAGGUCGAAAGGCACCUCUCCGAGCGCUGCGUCGAGAGAUCGACCAACGAUCGACACAUGGCCGAUCGACCUUACCCUGAACGACCGUACUUCGACCGCAUGUUUCUGGAGAGGCUGGGACUCGACAGGCAAGUGACCGACAGGGGAGCGGGAGGGGGGGACCGCAUGCCGACGGAGAGGCCGUUGGGGGGAGGAAGAAUGCAUGACGGAAGGGAAGGAUCGUCGACCCUCGACCGCUCGGUGCUUCUCGAGGAAUCCCUGAAGGAGCGAACGGCGCUGGAGAGACACGUGCAGGAGCGCGCCCAAGUGGCGAGGGCGCUGUUCGACAGACACGUUCAGCAGCAGCAUCAGCAGCAGAAACUGCACCCAUCCCCUUUCUCCCCAUUCCUAACGAUCACACCGCGUGGUCCCCCAUCUCCGAUCCCAGACGCCCCUGACACGUCUCCCUACCAAGACCCGUCGAAUAGGAUAAGCGAGAACGCAGAUUCCCUGUCGAGGGACCAAGAUAUGAUCGUCGACGAAGAACAAGACAGAGAACUCGAAGGAGAUCAGCACGAGCAUUCGGAACACAUCCGCAGCGAGGGACUGGACGCGGCCAUUGGAUUAGAGUCUUCCCUGGACGAAAAGGAUCUCCACCUGACCUCCGGUGACGACAUAUCCCACAUGCCAGAGAGCAGCACCACGCCCCCACCUCCCUCCUCCCCCCAGGGAGACAGCAAGACCUCGGAAGGAGGGGACGAUAAGGGCGAUAAGCAGGGAGGUCUCGUGAAGCCUCCUUACUCCUACAUCGCUCUCAUCACCAUGGCCAUCCUGCAGGCGCCCAAAAAGAGGGUCACGCUCAGCGAGAUCUGCGAAUUCAUCAUUGGCCGAUUCCCUUAUUAUAAGGCGAAGUUCCCCGCGUGGCAGAACUCGAUCCGACACAACCUCUCCUUGAACGACUGCUUCGUGAAGGUGCCCCGCGAACCAGGGAACCCCGGUAAAGGGAACUACUGGACGCUCGACCCUGGAGCCAUCGACAUGUUCGACAACGGGUCCUUCCUCAGGAGGAGGAAGAGGUACAAACGCCAACCCGCCCCUGACUUCUUCAACGACCCGCACGUGUUCUCCCUCUUCACUUCGGGAAUGCUGGACCCCUUUCAACAACAGCAGCUGCAGCAGGCGGCGGCCCUGCUUGGGGCACCCCACCCACAUCUGCUACACCGGCCCCCCCUGCCCCAUACUCUACUUCCACCGCCAUCGUACUUGCCGCAACUAGGGGGUCUGCCCUUGGGCUUCCCGCAGCUGGAAUUGCCCCGACAAGUGCGGCCACUCUUGCCCUUGCAGGCGUCCCCGGCUCCCCUUCUCCACCCGACGCCCGUCAAGCCUCUGGCGUUACCCGCUGGAUUAGCCCCGCCGUCAGUGCAAGGGGCAAUAAAGACAUCGUGCAUGGGGCCCUCCCCUCAGCCCCCUCCGUCACCCCCAUCUCCUCCCCCCAGCAUGACACAAGGGGCGACUCCUCGAACCCACAAGCCGUUCUCUAUAGACGCCCUCAUCGGCACCCACGACACCACCGGAGGGGGGGGAGGCGGGGGAGGAGGAGGAGGAGGAGUAGGGGAAAGUGGAAGAGAGUCUCCUCGAUCAGUUAGUCCUCCUGCAGUAUCCCCGCAGGGGAUGACGACCCUGCCCUCGUCUCCCCUUCACCCUUUCCCCAGAGGGCUGUCGUCCCCUUGUCACGUCCCGGUGGCUCUACAGUCGUCGGCGGCGCCUCCGUCGCCGGUGCCGGCCUACACCACAGUCAUGGCGGGCUCAGACCACAGACCAUUCCUGCACGCAGCGCUGCUGCACUCGAUGGCCCAAUAAACUACCACGUAGAAGUACACAGCCCCUUCCCCGUUUCGUAAUUAAGGACCACGAAGAGAAAACAAUCGCCCUUUGUCUCAGCAUUUGUAUUCAGUCACCAUCACGAUAGGGAUCUUUUUUCCAUUCAUAUAACUAAACCUGUUGUAUAAAAAAAAUAUAUAUAAUGUGUAUUUGGUGGGAUGAGACAUUUUGGAUCAUGGUAGUACAUUAAGAAGUUGGUCAACAACAACAACAAACCAACUGCGACACUUGUAUAGUCAAUACAUUUGUUUGUGUGUACUAAUGUUUUACAAAAAGAAUUAGUGGAAUCAAAUGGCAGAAAGUUCUCCUCCCACUAUAUGAGAUCAUGUACAGUUGUUCCCUAGCGAGAAUCAUCCACUUCUUAUUCAUGGGUAAUAUUAUAAUUCAUUUCAUGAGAACAUUCCUUAUCACUCAUCAACAUUAUCCACAUUCAUCAAUGACUUAUUUUGUCUAUCACACAUUUUCAUAGCCUUUCAUUUCCCAUUCUCAUUUUGUCAUUUAUUUCACUUAAUGCUGCGAAAAUAAUCAUUUUUUUUUAUUGAACAGCGAUAGGUAUAGAAUUAGGAAUCAUAUCUACCCGGUGUCAUGUGUAGCCAUUUUAUUGUAAUUAUUUUUAUUGGUAUGUUGAACGUAAUACAAUCUGAUCCAGUUUCAGUGAAGAAACUUUCAUCUCAGAAUAUAUAUUUACGUGCUUAUGCAUACAUACAUAACAUACACACUGAACACGCACAUAAAUAAAUUCAGAUAAACCCAAGUUUUUAGGCAUAACAAAUUCUGAAUACGUUAAUAUAGUACAAAUUCGAUUUCUCUUAACCGAUGCCCACCAAUAGCCUUAGUUCCGUAGAUACAAAGGACGGCCGUUAAUGUUUACAUCUUUAUAGAUUUAUAGAUGACAUUUGCGUUGGACUGGCGGAGUCGACGGUAGUAAUAAUUCUAUACGAAAAUUUGGGUGUGAAAAUGUCACAUUUGAUAAUCGAACAGUAUCUCGUCAUUAUCAUGAAAUUAGGAAAUAAUUAAAAGGUAUAGUUUUCAUUUUGCAUCGUUCUUCAAGUUUUCUCGGGGAAAUCCGAUAAUUGGUUACUUAUCGAUUUGUUUACGUAAAGAACGACAAACUUGUUUUCAUAAAAAAAAGCCAAAAUAUUUUUCGUAAAGAACGACAAUUUUUUUUUCUCAUAAGAACGACAAAAUUUGUUUUCAUAAAAAACAAAAUGAAAUAAUAUUUUUCGUAACGAUCGACCAUUUUUUUUUUCAUAAAGAACGACAAAAUUUGUUUUCAUAUAAAAAAACGACAAAAUAUUUUUCGUAAAUAACGACAAUUUUUUUUUCAUAAAGAACUACAAAAUAUGUUUUCAUAAAAAAAGACAAUAUGAAUCACUUGGAUGCACGUCCAAUGGUGAUAUUACUGCCAACAGAAAAUCAAUACCAAUACCUUACGAAUAAUUUAUUCAAGAAUGAACUUCCAAAAGAACUGGUAUUGAUAGCAGCUUGACAACCUCCCAAAAUUCCGAAUUUUUUUUUUAAAGUAAAUUUUCGGAAAUUUCCAAACGAAUAUAAAACUGAAAAUAAUCUCCCGGUUGACAAAGGUCGCGUCUGAAUUUUUUCUCCACAAAACCGUAAUGAUUUUUAUACCGAUUGCGCAAUAAUAUUCAGUCACAUAUAAGUCAUUUCUUAUAAUAUCAUAAAUAUUAGUUAUUAAAUAACUUCCAUUAUGAUUUUUAAAGCAAAGGUCUGGUAGCGUAUCAUAAAAGAGGUCAACU